AUGUUGAUUAUGAAUGGAUGGCAAUUUCAAUGUGUUACAACCACUUGUCUACCUUAUACUACUAUUACAGCAUCAAAUAUUUUUCAGUGCCAAGCAUCUUGCUUAGCACAAGUUCAAUGUAAAGCCGCUAGUCUUCAACGAUCCACUUCUGGCUGUCAACUGUUUGAUAACACAAUGAACCAAAACGAUCCUAUGGAUGCUAACAUGGAUAUUAUCGGUAUGACAGUGAUUUCUGGAACAAGAACACCUCCUGCGAGGGUGCGGGGUGGGUAUCGAUGCCGUUUACGCCCAUUAUGCCCGAUUAUGUCCCAUUAUGCCCCAUUAUGCCUCAUUAUGCCUGAUUAUGGAAAGACCCUAAGCCAACUACAACAUCAACUGCAGCCUCAACCUCAAGCACAAGCACAAGCUCGGACACAACCUCAACCUCAAGCACAAGCACAAGUUCAACCUCAACCUCAACAACAACAUCAGCAUUAA